CACAGGAAGUAGUAAUAAUAGGUUGCCUUCCUAGCGUUUGUAAACAUGGAUGUAUUAUAAAAAAAACCUGACAAUAUAAUAAUUAUAAACUACAGAAACUAUCAUUCGUUACUUUUUGCAAAAAUAUCACCGGCAGAUCCACAUUAAAGUAAUAAGUAGUGUAGUAGCGUGGUUGCGGCGGCUAGCCAGUAAAGCUAAUCAUUUGCUAACCUAAGAUAAUAUCGGUUUCUUCUGGAGGCAACAUAGGUGUACACAAAUACAACAAUGGACAACUUCGAAACACCAUACGAAGAGGAGGCUCACUUUAUUGAGUGCACGGUCUGUGAUAAAUCCAUUAGGGGUGAUACCUUGUACAAGAUACACCUGACUGCACCAGCACAUAUAAAGCCACAGGUUUUCCACAGGAUAUGGGUGAGCCAAAUGGACCCAACCUACAACUCCCUGAUUUUCAGGCACUCGUAGUCGGACCCCACCCAUCGUCAAAAUUGAUCUCAACCAUGCCAUAUCGGGUCAGGGGUGUUAAGAGGGAGAUUCAUUGACCCCCUCGCCCCUCUUGCUUGGACCACGUCUAUCUUAGAUAUCAACCUUAAUUUCUCAACAACAUCCCGUUUACCUUCUUCACAAAAUCUGUCAACAGAUACAUAAACACCUGGUACCCAGAAAGUACUCUUAAAAAGGAUUCUGUUGUAGUAGGAGUCUCCAGACCGCAAUUUUAGGAAAUCAAUUGUCACUGUCACAGCUGGUAAUAAUCCCGUGUUACCAUAUCAGUGACAACAGACAGGAUUUUCCACAUUUGUUCUGUUAUUCUAUCGUAAUGACUUCUUCCUGGUGAUUUCGGCGGAGAGUCUUUGUGGAGUGCAUCUUGCAGUAAGUUUGUGGCACACGAGGAAGCCACAUUAAGGUCGGGGUGAUGUCUCCUUUUGAUUCUUCUUUGUUUCUGCUUUCUUGAGGACAUCACCGAGAGAUCAACCUACAUUUUUGUAUUUCCAAGUCUUUCAAGUAUUGAGAUUCAAAGCAACAACAUCACAGCUUAAACCAUGGAUACCACACCAUUUGAACCAGUAUUGAUGGUUUUGUGCGUGACUACCAUAAAUCUUGGAUACUUGUACAAGAAGAUUGGAAGGAAUUAAGCUUUAUAAAUAUCUCCAAUGGAGGGAGAUCUGUGAAUCUGUAUUAAAGAGGCGUGUUAACAGGUUAUUUUCUUGGCGUCACAUGGAGGUUGUCUCACAUGCAAAUAUUUCCAACUCCUUUUCGAAAACUUGCCAGCUCAGGGACUUGUACAGAUUUUAGAAAAUCUUCUUCUUUGGCUUUGAUCCGAUCAAAAGCUGCAGCGCUCCGAGGCAAAGCGCAUGUAAAUAUCAAAAAUGAUAAUGUGUUAUUCUGUUUUAUGUUAUGCGAAGGAGAAAUCACAAGGGAGUCUGCAAAUUCAUGUAUUUGAGGGAAGGUUUUGACUGCUGAUUUCAGACGCAAGACUACACAUUGUGAUCUGCCGAAAAGUCCAGCCUGGAACUGAAGUGAUAACUACAAAUGGAUAGUGCUUUGAGAGCUGAGCAUUAUAGUGUUUAACAAAUUGUCCACGAUGGGAAGCUACAUAAGCAUCUUCAGUCCAUCGUCAGUACCUACACUUGAUGCAUACAGAGUAACAAAGUACUGGUGUGUGGUCAGUCGUGUUUUGAAAGAUCUUACUAUCCAAUACACAAUCCUUUUGUUGAGCAUUGGUCCAAAAAAACUGGAUACUGCUUCUCUACAUAAAAAUAUACAUGUUCUGUUUUUAUCAAUUUCUUUUUGUUGACAUCACCGAGAAUUGGAUCGGGGACUUGCUUCUGUAGCAACACAUUUGCUCACCAUGUUGUAUGGGCCCCAUUGUGUCACCUACGACAGAUAUCAUUUUUAUAUUAAAUGUGUUCUUAAACGGUUAAUUUUCUCCCAGGAAGAGAGCCUAACAUAUUUAAUUAUGUUUAAAACCAGGUGAGGAUAUGUACCUUUACCACACCUCAAGUGAGCUGUGUUUAAGAAAAAUGUGUUUCCAUGAUAUAACUCCUUCUCUGUUUGAAGCAGUGGUGAACCAUUGUCCUGUUUACCCAGCACUGAUUGACUUAACUUGUGUUGCUCUCCUUUCGUUCCUGGCAGAAAGAGGAUGACCUAAUUGCUUCGGGUAAGUAGACUUAGACUUUUCAGCCUUGAAAUGUUCCGUUACUAUUCCGGCCUUGAGUAUAUUUGCUGUCCAUUUUGGUACGUAAUUAAGUCCACACACAAAGACAAGCAAGGGCUUGUUUUAAUAGACAUAAUUUAAGUCUAUAUGAAUAAAAAAAUCUGUACCAGCGCCUUAUAUAUUUAUACCUGUAAGCUAAAAGUAUGUGUAAACACUUUAAUGUGCCUCCUGUCUGGGGCUUUUCUCAUGCUUUGGCUUAGGCACCUUACUUCCAGUUGAGAGGAGUUUUGACUUACCUGCACAGUGCCCUGACAUAACUGCACUGAACUCCUUUGAGAUGAAUGGGAACACUGUCUACCUGGGUCUUAUUGGUGAAAAACAGCAACGAACCUCAUUAGUCCUCUUGUGGCUGAAUUGGAAAAAUGUUUCUGUACCCAGGCUCCAAAAUCUUCUGGGGGGCCUUUCCCUACAAGAUUGAACACGUUUAUUGUGCUGUUGUCCAUAUUCAUGCUAUAUAUUGUAUGUUGGACAGUUAUUGUUCCAAGUAGACAAAAUCACAGCAGUACAAAUCCAGCAUGUGUGAUUGUCAGACUAAUGCAAGUUUCGCAAUAAAUGAAGUUGCAGAACUGGCACAUCAUUGUCGGUACAGAAACACCCCCAAAUAUCCACAGGCACGGCCUGUUUUGAUAGUGGAUUACUGGCGUUCCCGUCUCUCUUGUGCGGUGAGAUGAUUGCCCUGUGUAGUUAAAUCAUGCUGGGGGAAAAUGUCCCAAGGACGAGACACAACUUCUUACACAUGGUUAGCAGCUGAGCGCCCUGUGAGAUUGGCCUGGAAGACCCUUCCUUUGCUGUCUGGCCUCGGGUGUCGGGUCGGACAUCGUAGGCAAGACCGGUUGGCUCUGAGAAUGCUCCUCUUGGACUCAAUGAUAGGGUAAGCUAACUUAAUUAGCUAUGUUUUCUUCUGAGGAGUUUUAACUUGAGAACCCCCUGUUGCUAGCUGUUGCCACUAGUUGAGAGUGUAUCUUCUUCUGGGGGCUUUGAGUCAACAGGAAUGUGUUCACCCACUUUUACAGUGGGUUACACUUGCAAACAUUUGGGUGGCACAGUAAGUUCCUACUUGGCUGUCCCAUAACUUACUGUAGCUACAUUUGGUGGCUUCAUAAAUCAUUGUGGUGCAGAAGCACCAACAUUUCUGUGGUUCAACUGAUGUUCGGGGCAACUGUAAGACGAUAGACUUGCAGACGGGCCGAUGAACACACUGAGUGACAACAAUGGCACAUAAAACAAGCUGACGGCUCAAUCCAACUUUCGGUUGGAAGGUGGUUUCAAACAGAAGAAAAAAACGAUGCUCAUGCUCGUGGUACUCGUGUUGAAACUGAAAAACCUAAGGUAUGCUCAUAGUAAACAUGGACUUUUUGUGACUAUUUGUGGGGGGGGGGGGGGGUUCUGUUGGGAAAACAUAUUUUUUCUCUACUUUUGGUAAUGUGGAUUGAGUGUUAUACAGCUUUUGUCUUGAGUUGCAACAGGAGGCUUAGGCUGUUUUGCCUCUCCCCAGUCAUCAAUUUUUGACUUGCAAUGUCCGUGUUUACACACCACUAAAUCGGAUUAGUCAACAUUUCUGAACCUGGAGACAUUUGCACGGCAACACCAAAGAGUCAUGAGAAACAGAACAUAUGCACUAAAUGUGAGACAAUCCUUCUGCUGAUGUAAGUAGAGCAGGAUUUGAGGACUGAAGUGAAAUUUUCAAAGGAGAAACUUUGGAGAUCAUAACUAAAAGCAUGGAUGGAGGUUAUUUAUUUGAAAAAAUAAGAUUUGAGAUGUCAGAGUGUGAAGUCAAAAUCACAUUUUUUUUACUUAAGCUAACAAUCUGUGCAUAUAUCCCUUAGUCUAUCUGUCUAUCUGACCAGCUAUCUCUCCCUAUCUCUAAAUCUGUAUAUACAAUGAUACAGCGUGGUAUAGCUAAAACAAUAACAAAUGAUUUACAAUGCAUUAUUAACUGACUAUUGCAAACCCUCCCUAUUAUCCUUAUCUCUUGCUAACUACCAGUGUUUGGGCUUCUCAGGGCUUGCUGUCAGACGCAACUUCGUACCAGUAUUUGAGGACAUAUUCCAAUAUCUGGAUUACUUAAAGCUUGAUGAGGCCAUCAUUGGUUUGGACUACUUGGACCAACUGUCUUGGAGUGACCUACAAUCAGGCCCCAGAUACUCAUGUAGGCUUUGUAGUCAUCAGAUUUCCAACUUACAGGAUAUAGUCCUUCAUGUGAUUGGACGUAAACAUCGGCAGAAAUAUAUGGAAACGAAGAGGCCAGAGUUGCUGACCCGGAAUAAACAGUUCAUAUUGACCCAGAGUGGGAAAGCCAUACGAGCCAGAGCAGAGAUAAUUGAGAGACAGGAUGGACGAGGAACUCCAGUGAUAAUUGUGAAAAAGGGGAUAGAUGGAAAAUCAAACAUAUCGAGAGUUCCCCCAAGACAAGAGCAUAAUAGGGGCCGAAACACCCCCCAGAGUUCAAUGCUGCGAGUUGUGCCGUCACACCGCCCAGGACCGAAGGACCAUCAGGAUAAGUACGCUCACACACGCAAGCCUCCUGCAGGUUACCCAAAUCCACCCCCCUUCCCCCCGGGAGACCCUCGCAUAUCGAACAGAGACAGACCAAUGUACCAGGAGGAGGACUCUCUCAGACAUGGCCGCAUGGAGGAGGAGCUGCGGAGGGCAGAUUUCAGGCAAAGUGAAAUGUACAGACGAGAGUGUAUGGACCCUGACUUUCGUGUGGAGUAUGAAAAUAAUUAUCCACAAAGAAGAGGCGCACGUGAGCCCGUUGGUGGUUUAAGGUAUGAUUCAAUGGAGGAGAUGCUACAUCACCAGCAUGUAGAGCAUUACGCAGAAGAGGCUCCUCCUUACAGAAGGCCUCCCCCAGAAAGAGAUCAACUGAAGGAGUUCUACACUGAGGAAGUCCGGCGAAGGCAAGGUCAUGCCGAGUACCAGCCCUCACAGCAGGUGUACCAAGAAGGCCAUGAACAGCGACGGUCUCUGGAAAGGGAAUCUGGUAGAAAUAACGGUAUGAAUAGAGCAGGCAGGGAAGGAUCCUGGGAACAAGAGGCCAAGAGGAGAGUCCGACCCACACCUAUGGAGAGUGGCCGGUCGCAUGACCAUUUGUUUAAUACGAUCAUAGAUUAUUGUCAUGAUAUGGGAGAACCACAUCGAGUGGAGACUGAAGGGCCCAGCAGAACAGGACCUGAUACCUCCCAGAGGCGAAUGGAAGCUGCCGGAGCCUUUUCUGAAAUCCCUGAGCCGUUCAUGCGUUUCCUGACCGGGGCCGCUAAUGAUGUGGGCCACAAUAAAAGAAAAAGAAAGAGCCGCUUCUCUGAUGCCACUGUCGAGGAGGUGGAAACGACAAAUGAGAUGUUCAACAAUGAUUAUGGACCUCCAAAUCCAAAGUUUGGUGGUCAUCCGAGCCAUUUUAGACCAGAAACCCAUCAACAUCCGGACAGCAACAUAGAAUCACAGAGCCCACAAUAUACCGAAGGCUACCAAAGAGGAGGCACUGAGUCAAGCAAUGUCUUUGAUAUGCUGAAAAACAUUGACAUUGAAAAUGCUGAAGAGGCUGACUUCCUGAAAGACAAACUCUGCAACCUUCUGAAAGACUUCAAGAACAAAAAGUCAGCGAAAGUUGUGCAAAACAGCCAUGGCCGGGGAUCCAUUUCCCAAGACUACAACUGUCUUAACCCAGGCCGAGAGUUGUCUCCAAGACACCAGUAUGACACUCCCCUCAGAGAAGAUUCAGACAUGAGACGACCACACAACCUCUUCUUUCAAGAACAUCACAGAGGAAGAGGCUGGCAGCAGCAUGAGCCUAUCCUGACGAGCAGACUCAAGAAUACGACCAUCCUGUACAUGAGGAACCUAGGCGGUCAAGCAGAAGCUGCUAUGAAGAGGUCUUUGGAUUGCCCGGGCCAUCUCUGAAACUUCAUGCUAACCAUCCAGAUGAGCCAGCACGUUAUCCUGAAAGGUUUCAAGAACCCAUGAACCCUCAUGAUUAUUUACCUGCCAGCGAGAAGUUUUUUGACCCCUACAAUUCUGCUCCUCCGCUCAACAUGGAACGAGAACCUAGAAUGGACAGGGGCCCUCGGUACUCCAACAGCCUGGACAAAAUCACCUCUACCCUCCUGGAACUGGUUGCAAGGAAAUAAUUUCCAUAACAGUUCUCUUCUUUGAUUUGAAAACAUGUUUGGAUGUUACAUGAGGUAUUCUGCUUUUUUUAAAGUCUGAAUGUCUAUGUAAAAGCAUUACAACUUUUGUCUACUGAGCUGAUGUGACUUUCAGUUCUUCAUGCUACUGUUAUCACAUACAUUAACUGUGAAGCACAUGUAUUUAGAUUCAACUUAAUUAACCUAACUGUUUUGGACUAUUUUCUGCACUCCUUUGUACAGUCCCAAGAGUUUAUUGAAAAAUAAAAAAAGGGCCUCUA